CGCUUCCCCACCCAUCUGACAAGAGCUCAGUUCCGGGUUCUGUUCCAGCCGAGAGCUGCUCUACGCCGCUGCUUCUGCUGCUGUUUUAGCGCUCCGAAGGCAGGAUCAUGUCGCUUUUACUGGACAACCAGUUCACAGAACUACCGCCGGACAAGUCUGUGGACACCAAGAUCUUUCUAGAAGCCGUCUCCCAUCUGCCUCCGUUCUUCGACUGCUUGGGAUCAACAGUGUUUUCAGUCAUCAAAUCAGACAUUAAUGGAAACAUCACGAAAAUUACAGCUGUGUACAAGAAGGAUCCUGCAAAGUACGCCACCCUGCAGGACAUCCUGGAGGCUGAGAGGGAAGCCCAUGCAGCAGAGUGGCCUAAAGUCGGAGCAACUUUGGCUCUGAUGUGGCUGAAGAGGGGUCUCCGUUUCAUUCAGAUCCUGCUGCAGAGCUUGGCGGAUGGAGAAAGAGACGAGAACAACCCCAACCUGAUAAAGGUCAACGUCACCAAGGCCUACGAGCAGGCGCUGAAGAGAUACCACGGCUGGAUUGUCCAGAAGAUUUUCAAUGCAGCGUUAAUCGCAGCUCCUUACAAAUCGAACUUCCUCAAGGCUCUGUCGAAAGGAGAGGAAGUGAAAGAGGAGGACUGUCUGGCGAAUGUGCGUCAGUUCCUGGUUAAUUACACCGCUACUGUAGACGCCAUCUACGAGAUGUACACGAAUCUAAACGCAGAGCUGGACUACACUGUUUGAAGACUCAGGAAAUGGCCGGACUGGAGGUGAAGCAGCAUCACUCGUGUCACACAAGUCCAGUUUUUGAAGGUGUUUUUAAUAGGAUUGUUUUAAUUAUUUUUUCCUUUCUGUGUGAUAUUUAUUACUUUGAUUAUGCCUUACUAAAUAUUAAUACUGUAUAUUUGAUCUGAAAAUGAAGCAAAUGCCUUAAAUUUCAGCAGAAAUUACAGCUGAAGGUAUGGUUUGUUUUUUUCCUCCUUGUAUUUAAUUUCAGGUAACUGCAGGAUUGUUAUAGCAACAGUUCUGCUGUCACUCUUAGGCAGGAUUAUGUUAAUGUGUAGGUUUGCUGCUUUAUUUAUGACAUUAUCAAGUGGGUCUCAUCUGUUUCAUCGAAAGAGCAAUACAGGACUGAAAACACUGUUCUUACAGGGAAGCAUUCUUGCUAAUUUUUAAAUUUCAGAUGCCUCCUGAGCCGUGGAGUUACUCCAUUGUUAAACAGUAACUUUUUUACAUUUUAGCAGCAAAUUUGAGUUGUUUUUUAAAUAUUGGGAAUCCACUAAGUGCCUUAGUGUUGCAAAAUAAAUGCACAAUGCUCCAUAUUAAUAUAUUUGUAAUUCUGUUUCAACUGCAAAGAAGAGUUAGUAGAACCGGAAUCAUUGUUGUUGUUCUUUUUAUUUUCUCUGAAGGCGUGUACCUGUGUGGAGUUUGUGUGUUUAGCAGAAAGGCGUGCCUCAGAUGUGUUUGCUUCCAUCGUUUAGGUCUGUGGCCUGUUUUGUAACUUUAAAGUCUCAACAGACAGUAAGUCAUGAGCACAUCUGUUAAUUGCUCAACACCUGAAGGCAUAUUUAUUUCCAUGACUACUGUUUGAACACAUGAGCCGUUUGUGUCUGGAUGAUCCUCUGUGUCGAAAUUUGUCUCCAAAAGAUCUUAAUCUCAAAACUCAAAACAAUAAAAUCAAACUCAGUUGAUUGAUCUUA